AAUAUUCCUCUGUUUGUCUUCUCUGAUCUCACAAAUUUUCUCUCUUCUCCACUAUUCUUCACUCUUCUCUCAUCUCUGAAUCAUUGCCAUGGCUAAGAGCUCGUUCAAGAUGGAACACCCUCUCGAGAGGAGACAGGCUGAAGCAGCUCGCAUAAGAGAGAAGUAUCCUGACAGAAUUCCAGUAAUCGUUGAAAGGGCAGAGAAGAGUGAUGUUCCUGAAAUUGAUAAGAAAAAGUAUCUUGUUCCUGCUGAUUUGACUGUUGGGCAGUUUGUGUAUGUGGUGAGGAAGAGAAUUAAGCUGAGCCCCGAGAAGGCGAUCUUCAUUUUUGUGAAGAACAUCUUACCACCAACUGCGGCAAUGAUGUCUGCAAUAUACGAGGAAAACAAGGACGAAGAUGGAUUCCUAUAUAUGACUUACAGUGGAGAGAACACAUUUGGACUUGUGUUCUGAACCAUGACAAGCAACUAUAUCUGAAUAGAAAAUCCUAAAAUGACCAAUGUGAAGAAAAUGCUUAAUUGUAAAUUAUUUUGUUUGAUGCUUUUAUUGUAAAGUAUACUUUUAUAUCACUGGAAGUUAUUUGAAAAUUGUCGUGUUUGUAUCACUUAGUUGCUAAUGUUUAAGAGUAUGCUUGUUAUGUGUUCACACCAAUGUAUUUCUGAUUCGCAUAAUACAACUAUAUUUUAAUA